CACUACUGCUGACAUAUAUAUAUAUAUCUAUCCAGCACAGAUGGCAGCGACCUCGCAGCCCAUCUCCAUCGCCCGCGACUCCCGCUCGGGAGGAGGCAGCAGUCAAUCCACUCAUCAUCAUCACCACCACUUCGCUGCUCUCUCCCCAAACUACAUCAAUAACAACAACAACCACUUACAUCCAAACUACAAUAACCUCUCAGCGUCACCGUCGUCGUCGUCGCACCACCUCAACCACCACCACGGAGGAGGAAGUGGUCAACCGUCUUUACUUUCCCAGCACGCAGCCCAUCUCGCUAACCCGCGUAUGGCUGGGACGUCCCCACGAAGUGCGGAGAGCAGCACGUCCUGGGCUAUCCACCCCGGCCCCUUGUUCGUCUCUGCUGGCUCACUGGGCUCGACGUCUGGUAGCCUUGGCGCGGCUAGUAUGAGUGGGAGUGCGGGCUCGUUCCGGGCACGCAUGUACCCUGGUUGUUCGCCCGCUGCGCCUUUACUAAACCCACUAGAACCCGACUUCAAGUUCCGCGGCGUCGCCGGGUCGAUCGAAAGUGAUCAUGGAUCCCUCAUCAACUCUCACAUGUCUGAACGUGAGGUCGAGCAGUACCGCGACUUCACAUGCUGUGGACUCCCACUAGGCGACCUACACGCCCUCGUCGAACAUUUUGAGACAACACACGUCCUUGUUAUGGACCCGUUAAAUCCUCAUCAACACCAGUUACCGCACGCAAUAGCAUCGCAAUUCCAUAAUGCGACGAACGGCGGCAAUGGGAGCCCAAUGCAGGCUCACCAACAAUCACAACAAGGACAAAGUGCGGGUGACUCAUCUUCGCUCGCGGGUGCUCUUGGCCCUUCUUCCUCGUCAUCGACUUUCCAGUCGCCGGGAGACGCUCACGUGGCCCCCUCAAUAGCGCAUUCGGGAUUCGAUCUGGACGAUAUGGAAUUGGACAUGGACAUGGAGCUCGAGCCUCCCGAAACUCACAACCACAACAACACAAACAUGAACGGCACACACGCGACGUCGCCUGCACCCUCAGCCUCCUCAUCGAACAACUCCAACCCAUCGACACGCUCGAGUCCGUUAGGUGGUGGUUCGGGACCAUUACCUCUCACACAACCGCAGAGGUUCGCUACCGCAAAUGGUAUUGUGAAUGGGAUGAAUGGGAUGAAUGGGUUUACAAGUGGAACGAGGAGUAGUGUGAGCAGUCCACCCGACACACCUCUUUUGACGACGCCUGUCUCACCGUUUGCCAAUGCCAAUGCCGCUAUUGCUAACAUCCCGUCUUCCUCUUCCUCUUCGAAUUCGAAUACGACGACGGCGUUCCCGUGGGCUGCACAGACGCAAGACGGGCUUGCUACACCGAUGGCUUCUCAAAUGUCCUCAACUCAAAACCAAAACCAAAAUCAACAGGCGGGACAGCAACAACCACAGGCGCCGACAGGACCGAGCGCGUUCGAUAACGUCCACCUCCCACCGAAACACCUUCACGGUAGUGGGAUGUUCUCCCACCCCUACGCAGGCGCCUCCUCCGUAGGCCGUCGACACCCUGCUCAUCCACUCUCCCCACUCAGCAGCGCGAGUUCGACUGCGAGUAGUACGCCUGGUACUACUUCUCCCGUCUCCAACUCUGGCUUUGCCUACCCACCCGGUUUUGGAGGUGUAGGUGGACACCCGCACGGUUUGCAUCAUACGCAGAGUCUGUACGCGUUGAGGCUUGCGAGACAUGCUGCGGAGAGGGAGGAACAGUUGGUGAAGAGAGCGUUGAAUGGGUAUGCAGGGUAUGAGGAUUAUUCGAGGGGGUUCCCAGGUACGGGCGAUCAAAAUAGCCCUGACGUGGGCAUCGGACUUGAUGGAGGAUUAGGAGGGAUGGGAGGGGGGAUGUCGAUGAGUAGGAUGGGAAGUGUUGGAGGGGUAGGAGGUAUUGGGCCGACGGAGAGUGCGAUUCAUCCUGGUUUGCUUUCCGGUAACGCGAAUGGUGCGAAUGGAGGACAAGUGAAGAGCGAGCCGCAAACAGGGAACGUUAACAUUGGGAUAACGUCACGAACGACACCUGCGCAUUCACGUUCUGGUUCUCCUUCAUCGGCUAACAACAUCGUUUCUCCUUCCGCUCCUGGUCCUUCUGGCUCAUCUACCCCUUCGUCAAAUACCAAUGGUACGACGCGCAAACCCCCACAACCAUCAACAACCCUCUCCCGCCCCUCCUCCUCCCUCCUCCUCUCCAAACCCUUCAAAUGCCCAACCCCAGGCUGCACAAAAUCCUACAAACAAGCCAACGGUCUCAAAUACCACGUCACACACGGUCAAUGCUCCUUCACCCCUCCACCCGAACUCUCUUCCAUCUCCGAGUUAGGCCUCUCCAUCGGAGUUUCCCUCAAACUCAAUUCCGUGGGAGAGAUUGAAGGGUUGGAGAAUAUGAGUGAAGCGGAGAGGAGAGAAGCGGAGAGGGAAGCGGAGAGGAGGGUGAGGCCGUUUUGUUGUCAGGUUAAGCCGUGUCAGAGGAGGUAUAAGAAUAUGAAUGGGUUGAGGUAUCAUUAUCAGCAUUCGGGGGAACAUGGGGCUGUGGGUCUUAGGAUGCUUGCUAGUGGGAGGCAUGAUGCGACUAGGAGUCAGAGUGUUGAGAGGAGCGAUGAGGAGGAGUUUUUUGAGGAGAGUUCUGGGAUAGGGAAUGGAGGGACGACGGGGUUGACGAGAAGUAAUUCACAGACGACGAAAGAAGAGAGGGGAAGAGCGAAGGAAAGGGUUAGGAAGGAGAGUCAUGCGACGAGUAGUGCGCCUUCGAGUGCUGCACCUGGUCCCCGACAACCAACCUCCUCUAUUACCUCUUCCAUCACUCCCGCCGGGACUCCGAACCCAUUCAUGACACAACCUUUCGCAUUCUCUCAACAGUCAUAUCAGCAUCAACGGUCACUCUCUGGUCCUGGCUCACCGUUGUCACAGGCGUUCCCUCCUCCUCCGCAACCGCUUCAACAAUCUUUCACUAGUAUGUCCUCGACUGGAAACGUCAGCGUAGGAAUGAACGGGAAUGGAAAUGGGAAUGGGUUCGUUGCGGUGGUACAAAGUCAACCAGCAAGCGCGUACGCCUCACCGUGGGGUUCUCGAGCGGGUUCGCCGACGAGUUUGACUGCUCCUGGGACUUGGGGGAACCCUAUCACCAACCCUACUUCUCUUAAUAACCCUUCCUCGGUUAGUAUGGCUUCGCCUUCGAUGACGAAUACGAAUUCGCCGCCACGAACUGCAUAGAUGCGCUUUUCUUUACUUAUGUUUUGAGAUGGGAUUGAGAUUGAGAUUGAGAUUGAGAUUGAGAUUGAAGUUGUUGGGUACGAAAAAGUAGAAUAAUGGUUUUGCGUUUUGGUUUCGAUGAUUUUUUUCGUUCGUUCGUGUACUUACUUACCUCCUUACUUACCUCCUUUACUGAAUUUACUGAUUCUACCGAAUUUAUACUGAUAUUUUUGACUUACUUACUUUUACUUACUUUUGUUCUGAUGCGAUGUGAUUAAUGCUGAAUGAUAUAAAA